GCUCGAUCCAACAUGUCAGCGCCUGUUGGGACGAUGGCCGAAGACUCAAGCAGUGAAGAUGAAGAUCUAGAACAUUUUAAGGAAGCAGUUUGGAGUUUUGGCACUUAUGGAACUAAUGGUACACACAAUGCCAACCCGGCAGUAACUGCUGUUGUUUUAGAUGGGGUAAGCAAUGUCAAGCAAUCCCGUCGUGUGGCUGUAUCUAAACAUGAACAUGAUGGGAACGAGUUGCAGACGACCCCAGAGUUUCGUGCGCACGUUGCAAAGAAAUUAGGGGCUAUGCUUGACAGUUGUAUUUCAGUGAUAUCUGCAGAAACAUCAAGACCCUGCACAGAGUCAACCAAAUGUGAAGAUGGUUUCCGGCUGUUCACCACAUCUGUCCCAGGAGAGUUUACCAUUGAUCCCCCUCCUCCUCCUGUAAGGCGCAGGCCCAUCCCCAGCUCAAGUGACAGUGACAGUGAAAUGGAGAUGAGACUGAGAGAGGCAGCAGUGUCAGUCACAGACCUCCUAUCAUCAGCUCUCCCCUGCGGGAUUACACAUUCCCUGCCGGAGUCCCCCAGCUCAGAGAAAAUGAAGAAGAASAACAACAACAACAACAAAGGAGAGGAGGCAGAAAGAGAGGACCAUAAUAACAGCCCUGUCCCAAAGAAAAAUAAGAAAAGGAAAGCUCUCCAGGGGGAGUGUGGAGAUGUAGAGCACUGUGGAGAAUCCUCACCUAAUGCUAAAACCGAUGAGGAGCAGAAGAGGCCAGAAGAGGACAUUCUACCCCUAAAGAAGAAGAAGAAGAAGAAGAAAGGCACCGAUGAAGUAUAAAAGCACUGAGAGACUUGUGUGCUGUGAUUUGGGAUGUUGGCUGUUUGUUCCGUACUUGUGAGACCUGUUGUACUUGGGAAUCUUAUCACUGAUUAUAACAUGGUCAGGUCAUACACUCAUAUCACAGCAAUUUUGUACUCUGUAGAUUGCAUUCCAGAAAAUAACAAUGUGAUCUUUCAGAAAUGUGAAAUAAGUCUUUCACAAGAUAUUUGAUGACCGUUUUCUCUACCCAAAACACAAUUUGUUCUAUGCCUUGUUUUGUAAAGGAAGUAGUUUACACUGAAUUCGACUUACAUGUAAAUUUAUGAGCAGAAUGCUAUACAAUAUUUUUUUUUUAACACUUCUCUGUUGAUAACGUACA